AUGAAUCUCAACUUCACCUCCCCUCUACAUCCGGCGUCUUCUCAGAGGCCCACAUCGUUCUUCAUCGAGGACAUCCUGUUGCACAAGCCCAAGCCGCUGAGGGAGGUGGCCCCCGACCAUUUCGCCAGCUCUCUGGCCUCUCGGGUACCUCUACUAGACUAUGGCUACCCACUCAUGCCCACACCCACCCUCUUGGCUCCUCACGCCCAUCACCCUCUGCAUAAGGGAGACCACCACCACCCUUAUUUUCUCACCACUUCGGGAGUGCCGGUCCCCGCGCUGUUCCCGCACCCGCAGCACGCGGAGCUGCCGGGGAAGCACUGCCGCCGCCGCAAAGCUCGCACGGUUUUUUCUGACUCGCAGCUCUCCGGCUUAGAGAAGAGGUUUGAGAUCCAGCGCUACCUGUCCACGCCCGAGCGGGUGGAGCUGGCCACCGCCCUCAGCCUGUCCGAGACGCAGGUGAAGACGUGGUUCCAGAACCGGCGGAUGAAGCAUAAAAAGCAGCUGAGGAAAAGUCAGGAUGAGCCCAAAGCGCCGGAAGCGCCCGAGAGCCCCGAGGGCAGUCCCCGCGGGCCCGAGGCCGCCGUCGCCGAGCCUCGGCUGAGCCUGCCCGCCGGCUCCUUCGUGCUCACCGAGCCAGAGGACGAGGUGGACAUCGGGGAAGAGGGCGAGCUCAGCUCGGGGCCGCACGGACCGAAGACUGGGGCUCGGACCUCGGAUCAGCUCCUGGAAGACGACAAACCCUCCUUGUCCACCCUCAGCAGGCGUGGAGUCCGCGCGGCCGGCGCCCCGGCCUCGCGUGGUCCUGCCCUGUCCCUGCCUGUCCCUGCCCGGGCAGCUGCGGUGCGCCCGGGGCGCGGCGCCUGGGGACCUGGGCCCCGCGUGCUGUCGCUCCGAGCCGGGGCGGUGGGGCUCGGUUCCCUCGGCCACGAACGCGGAACCCGGCUCCGCCUGCCUCAGAGGUGCGGGCUCUGCGGCUCCUCCGCCCGGACUCUUCACCCUUCCUUAAGCAGCUCAGCUGGUCGCAGGCGGAGACCAGGAGUUCGGGGCCUGGGGCCCAGCGGGGAUUCGCAACCUGAUCCUCGAGCCGUCGGGGCCGGGACCGACGCGCGCUGCGGGUCGCCAGCCUCGAGCGCAUCCUGGGCCCUCCUCACCCGUCUCGGACUCCAAGGCCGAGGCGACUCCCUCCUCUGGACGGCGCUUCCAUCCUCUCCGGCCCCGCUCCUGGUCCAGAGCUCACAGAUGUGCUUCCUGGCACGGUUCCUGAGCUGGUGGCCCCGGGUGUAG